AACUGCUUAAUAAUUGGCGUUUUAACCUACAACUUGAACCUGACAGUGUCCAAGAAGCCGUUCGUAUCGAUUUUAGUCUGGGUUAGGCUCGCAAUUCAAUGUUGAUUGCGGAACUUGAAUCAACAAUUUGAAAAACUGAAAACGAAAAUGGUUGCGCACAGCAAGAUUUUUGAGUUGCCCUUAUGUCGUAUCAAUUGUGCAAGCGUUAUCCACGCCUUACCCUAUCAGACCUGUACGGAGGCUUACAUCUGGAAUAUUUAUCGCAAUCAUGUGGCCAGUGGCAAAUAUUAUUUUCCUUUAUUGUUGAUUCCGUUGCUUAUGCAAUGCAACAAAUUGAAUAGGAAACGCGUGUGGUCCGCAGUGAGAAACUAUCUUGAAACUUCGAGUGUAGGCGCCAUGAUAAAUGCCACAAACUACUAUUUAGUUUGCAUCUUUAGAAAGCUGAAUGGACGGUUUGUUUGGGCGUUUACACCAUUUAUAUCCACUUUCUUGGGAGGGCAACUCAUCUGGUUGGCGCCACCCAAAGUGGUGCAAUUUUAUUGCACCGGCAUUGUGCAUUCAUCACUGGAGACUAUUUUGAGGCAACUGAAUUUUGGAGUGGUACAUUCCCAUCUAACUCGCACUUUGGUGUUCAUGUUGUGCUCGAUCAUCGUGCUGCGUGGACAACAAGCACAUGGAUACUCGGAUUUCUGGUUCAUCAAGCCAAAACAAUUACCGCAAGAUUACCCUGAGCGAUCCAUCGAGCAGCGUAUAAAGGAUGGUCUACUGGAAUUACGCGCCUAUCUGGGCUUUGGUUUGGGUAUGGAUUUAUUCAAUGCUGUGGUAAACAGAAAAAUGGGAAAAUUUAAUAUGAAAUCUACAAGUUUUUUGGUCAGUUAUAUGGGCAUCUACAAGGUGUUACAAUGUUUGCUAAUAGACCACAUGGAUGUAAAUCACACAAAUUUACUUGCAGCAUUUUUAAGUGGCGGUGCCUUCUGGUUUGUCAGGCAAAUACCCUUAACCCUUAUGUCGUUCGCUGUGGUUGUUGCCACCCAAGUACUGUGGAAAGAGUUUUGUGCCACGGAUGCAUCUAAAAGUCAACUUCGAUCUGGUCUCCAAUGCAUUCCGUGGGCCAAAUUAUUAAUACCACCAAAUCUGGCAUAUUUGACACACAUCAAUUUCUUCCAAAGAGCAAAGGUCAGCAAGUUAGCAAUGUCUUUUAUUGAGAACACAUGUGAAUUCAACUCUUUACGUAUAUACAAUCUGCUGUCGCUUUCCACUGAAGCAUUAAUGGACAUGUGCAGCAAACUUCCAGAGAGGCCAUUCUUAUUUUAAAUUUAAAGAAGGUUGUGUGAACUAUCAAUUUAAAGGGGAAAUAAAACACUUUAUGUUUGAAUUGUU